CAGGAAGAAAAAAAAACUAAGCAAUUUUAGUUCUUCUAAUAAAGGGAAGUAAAUGUGUUAACAUAUGUUAGGUAAAUUAUAGUAGUUAUCCUUCUUUAUGAGGAGCAUAACUUAUGUUCAUGGAAAUGUGGUCAUUUUCCGUCCUUUUCAAGAAUUUUGGAACUUUUACAAAAAAUUAAGCUAAACUAAUAAUAUAUAUGAAGUUUCUGUGAUAAUAGAAAUAUGUCGAUAAAGUCAUGGAAUUGUGGUUUAUUUUAAUUGAGAUAAUCCUUGUCCAUGGUGUUUAUUACCUACCAUGUAAGUAAUUAUGUAAACAAUACAUUCGACCGAUGCGCAGGAGAGUAAAAUAUCCAAACUCAACAGAAAAAAAAACAUUUGCAUUCAAUGCAGGAAGUCAGACACAACAUACGCAUAGUAUCCUAUUUGUUAAGACAAUCUAAAUUGGCAAUGAUAAUGUUUGAUCUAACAUAUUUGAAGCGGAUUUUUAAUGUUUUCCUUUCAGGUUUAUUUAUUUAUCAUGAAGUCAGCAGUCAAUGUGACGACACUGGACCUUUAGUUCUACAAUCGUCGACUUUCCCACAGUACUUUACGUCUCCUAACUAUCCUUCAAAUUAUCACCCUAAUUCAAAUUGCUCAUGGCGCAUAGAGGCACCGACUGUUGGCGAAAAAAUUAUCAUUAACAUUGAAGAUUUCAAAGUGGAAGGAACCUCAACGGAUUAUUUGAACGUAUAUGAUUCAUCUGAUGAUUCAACUACCCCUGUGACAACGUUGUCUGAAUCAAACGCUGGUUCCUUCAAUGUUUUUGUGAGCACUACCAGUACCUUGUAUAUAACAUUCAUCUCAAAUGAUGUUGACGAGAGCCAAGGUUUCCGGAUCCUCUUUUUCACGAAUAAUCCAGACAACCAAGCAGCAUGUGGAACCACCUUAACUGUUACCUCGGAAGAACAGGUAUUCAUGUCACCAAAUUUGCCACAGCCCUAUAACGCGAGUGUAUGUUCCUGGACAUUUUCAUCUUCAGCAUCAAUUGUGUUUCAACUGAAGUUCCUGGAUAUGGGUGGCUGUCUUCAGAGCCACAUAACGUUCUAUGAUGGUCCAUCCGAAUCUGAUACGGAGCUGAAGUCCCUAUGUCACACUGCGCGUACAUACACCUUUGACAACAUUAAGACGACAGGUUCCGGCGGCCAUAUUGUCUAUAGAGUGACUGAUCAACCAAUGGAUUACUAUGGCUUUGUGUUGGUGUACAGUGAAAAUCAAGGUAAUGUUGUUGUUACUUUGUAUUAUUUUUAUAUUGUGCUAGAUUAGUUAACACUUGUAUUUGUGUAGGGAAUGUUUUACGUGUAUGUAAAUGAAAAUAAGUGAACCUGCUAAAAAUAAUUCUUACCAUACUUUAUUUACAUAAAAACAUAAAGUUCUACUCAAACAUAUAUAAUACCAGGGAAGUCCGUCAUAUUUGAGUUUAGGUCAAUCUUUUUUGGACGAAGUGUUGCUAUAGACUUUCAUCAAAUAUAGCUGCAGUGAAUAUAAUUAUAACCUCGGAUUUAGAACCGAUGAAGUGUGAUUUAAUUGUACUACUAUUUUCUUUAUUUAUACAUAGUUAUAAAAAUAACAUUAAGUACAUGUAUUGGAUUAAAGGGAACUUGCACAAAAUCUAACGUGUAUACGCUGUUUUAAAUAGUUCAAAAGUAAUUUACUACUAGAAAAAUAACAGAACAUAGGCCGGUGUCUCUAAUAUUAUCAAGAUGGGCUUUACUUCCUUUUUCAACAAAGGUUUUUACUUUGUUAUUUUUCUUUUGAUUCAUCAUAACUUAACAUGAGAUAUAAUCAAGGAAAAUAUGUUUUAAAAUGAUCUGUAUGACGAUAAUACAAACACAACAGCUUGAAUAUUUUAGUGUAACAAUAAGUUAUUAUAUUAUCAGCUAAAAUGAGGUAUCGCACGAUCAGUUAGGUCCCUUAAAAAUACUUUUUUAAUGCGUAUUAUGUCAAUGUUAAAGAAAAUAAUUAUUGUCUUAAACCUUUUUUUUCAUUUCUACUAUUUCAUUUUCCAUUCAAAAUAUUUAAGUUAUUUUAGUAUUUAUUGCCUACCGCACAUAAAAAUAUGUUGGUAUGAAAGACUCAUCCAAAGUGAGCGAAUAUAAAAGAAUGGAACAUGGCGUGUCUUAUAUGGCUAUACAUUGUUCUCGAUGUCUAUCUAUAUGUUUUAUUAGUCGCCUAUAGAAACCGGCAACUAUAUAGAUAACAGUUUAAUAGUAAAUGUGUGGCAGAUCUGAAAAUAUCAAAUCAAUUACUAGUAUUGAACAAUUAAAGACCACAAUUAGUUUUGAUUAAUUUUUAACAAAAAAAAAACAACAACAUAUAAUAAUGUUGCUUAAUCACGCCUACUAAACAGUGGCUCUUUCACAUUUUAGUGAUCUGUGUAAAAAUGUUAACACUUCGCGGGGAGACACAGUGAUUUAUCUAUCAUAAUGUUAAUGUUGACCCACGUUAUCUUACAUGUAAAAUUGUGUCUAACUCACCUUUGGCUCAACACAAAAAUAUUUCAAAGAGCUUGGUUAAAAAUAAAAUUUACAUUUAUUCAAAUGUGAUUGCGCCAUCGAAAAGGUGCUCGCGCCAGUCAGUAAUGUGAAAGAGUCCUAGCAAAUGUGAUGGAGCCAAAACAAACAUUCAAUUAGCUAGGAUGAAUAUGUAUAACUAAUUUUUCAACUUUUCUCUUUUUUAAAGUAAAUUUGUUUGAAAAGUUCAUUAAAAGUAAUCUCAGGAUCACAGGAUUUUUUUAGGAACAGACGGGACUGAGACUCUGCGGGUAAAUCUCGAAUCAUCCCUGGCGGUUACCGGAAAAUAACAUUUUUACAAGCAAAAUUCUUAAACUAAGAGGUUGAUGAUCAGAAACAUAUAUUUGUAAUUGAAGUAAAUAUUUUAAGAAAUAACGAAUUUAUAGCGAACAAAUGUAAAACUUGAAUCAGAAAUCUUGACGAGGUCGCCGACGUUUGAUGAGUAGGACAGCUCUAAAUAUUCUACCUAUAGUCAAAAUGAUGUGCAUAAUCUUCAUACAAAUGUUUACAGUACUUUUUGGGUAAUCACAAAUAUUAUUACAAUCGCCACAUUUUAAGCCUAUUUGUUGCCAUAGCAAUCACAAUUUUCUAAAAUAGGAUAAAAAGAAAAAGACUGCCAUCUACCUAUAUUUCAAGUUUCAUAAUACUUUUUGCGUUAUCGCUGGAUCCAGUUAAAUCCAGGUAAAAUUAGCCACAUUUUCAGUCUAUUUGUUGCCAUAGCACCCAAAGUUUUCAACAUAGGAAGUGCAUAAUCUCCAGACUGUCGUCUUUCCAUAUUUCAAGUUUCAUAAAAAUAUUUUCAGUACUUUUUACGUUAUUAUGGGAGCCAAUUUUGUAGACUGACAGACGGACGGACAGACAGACAGACA